AUGUCAGGAAGCUGUCUAAUUUGACUCCCCUAUUUCCCUCGUUACUCAAAGAAUAAAACUCAACAACUUUCUCAAUUCGGGGGCAAAUGACCAAAGCCGCUUGAGCAGGUCUACUUCAUAACAGACUUCCACUUGCUUUUCACUACAUGUAAAAAGAUGCAAUUAACUACCCUAAGGUUCAGGGCUUUAAUCAGCGCUAAAGAAUCUCAUGUCUCUCGCUUUGAAGCAACUAAACAUCAUUGGGCUAUAAUCGGAUUUAAAAACUAUGGACAGCAUACACAAGGAUCCGUGACUAAAAGAAAAAAUUGUUUGCCUUAUACCAUUUUAUGUAUUUAG